AUGACGAACUCGUCCCGUCAGCCGCACGACCGCGUGCUCACUCUCUCGCUUCGUUUACUACAAUUCGUCACGUCUGUCGUGGCUCUAGCGCUCGUGGUCAGCAGCUUCCAACCGCAAAAACGGACGUUCCAGACAGACCGAGGCGAGACGCGCGAAUUGACCGUCUAUUAUGGCGGUCCAGCCGUUACUUUUGCCGUGCUCGUGUGCUUCUCCGCGAGUCUCUACUCUUCGGUUCUACUGCUGUUCACCUUUAUGCGUGGCACUAAGGUCCCCACGUCCACCCCCUGGAGCUUUGGCAUCGACGCCCUCUUGACCAUGCUCUUUAUGAGCGCUGGCUGUGCCCUCGCUGCUAGUGACUACAUGCGGUACUGCAACGUGCUCCACGACGUCGUGCAGUGCGUGUACUUGGCAUCAGGUGCCGCCUUGUGCUUUAUGGCGUUCGUGAGCUUCCUCCUGAACGUCGCGUGGGGCGCGUGGAGACGCAACUCGUGGAUCCCGUCGAGUGACAAGGUCCCACAUGAUGCCCCAAAUACUAUCGAGACGGUGCUCCAGUCAGGUGCCCCAAGUGACGUCUUGGUGCUGGGGAAUACCGAGCUCGAUCGCGAGCGCACGACCACGACCACGUAUGUGAUGAUGAUAACGGCAUUGGUUGGAGUCGCAAUCGACAGUACCUUUGGACUUGUCGCGGUGGCGGAAAACGAUCCUUUUCCAACGAUGAGAGCAGAGACUGAACUUGGUUACGAGGCACGGCGUCUACGGGCGCAGUUGGAAGGGGGAAGUGUAUCUACGGGAGCUGAUAGUUCUCGACCUUCGUUGCGAGCUCUCGGCGAAGACACGUUGACCGUGCCAGAAGAAAAUGAAGGCGGAGAUAGCGAAGAGGGUGAAGGUGGCGGUGAAGACGAAGAAGAAGAAAACGAAGGUGGCGGUGGAGACGGUGGAGAAAGCGAACCUUUAGCUGAAGGCAGUGAAGUGAGCAACCACUUUGAUGAAGGCAGCAGCGUUGCAGGAAGCAAACCUACCGGUGAAAGCAGUCCUGAAAGUGAAGAGAGCGCAAGUAAACGUGAUAGUAGUGGAUCAAGCCAACGUACUGGUGAUGUCAGUAUCGAUAGCGAAGGAAACGGUGACGAUGCUGGGAUUUUCGGCAGCGUCAGUAACGAAGAAGCAGAAAACGAUGUCGAUAGCGAAGAAAGCGAAGGUGGUGGCGGUGAAAAUGACGAAGAAAGCGAAGGUGACGGUGAAAAUGGGGGAGAAGGUGAAACUGGAGGAGAAGGCGAACGUAGCGCUGAAGGCAGCGAAGUCUCUCCGUCUAUUGUUGAACCUCUGCUGGUUCCUGGCGUGACUUCGGAAGCAGCGGUUGCACACGGAAGUGGCUCGAUGGCUCCCAUGGAGCUCUCCGAGGGGGAUCACGCUGCCAUCAGCAGUGAAGCUGACGAAGAAACGAAUGAAGAGGAGGUAGAAGAUGACGGUGACAGUGAAGACAGCGAUAGCGAUAGCGACAGUGACAGCGACAGUGACAGUGAUAGCGACAGUGAUAGCGACAGUGACAGCGACAGCGAAGAAAGCGAAGGUAGCAGUGUAACCGGAGAAGAAAAUGAAGGUGGAGAUAGCGAAGAGAGUAAAGGUGGCGGUGAAGACGGCGAAGAAAGCGAAAGUGGCAGUGUAACCGGGGAAGAAAACGAAGGUGGAGAUAGCGAAGAGAGUAAAGGUGGCGGUGAAGAUGGCGAAGAAAGUAAAGGUGGCGGUGACAACGGCGAAGAAAGUGAAGGUGGCGAAGAAAGUGAAACUGGCGAAGAAAGUGAAGGUGGCAGUAAAAACGGUGACGAUAGCAGAGGUGGCGGUGGAGGCAGCAUCGCAGCAAGCGAACUUACCAGUGAAAUCAGUCUUGAAAAUGAAGAAAGCGGAAGUACAGGUGAUGGUAGUGGAUCAAGCGAACGUACCGGUGAAAUCACUUUUAAAAGCGAAGGAAGCGGUGACGAUACUGGGAUCCUCGGUAGCGGCAAUGAAGAAGACGCAGAAAACGAUGACGAUAGCGAAGAAAGCGAAGGAAAUGGUGAUGAGGGCGAAGAAAGCGAAGGUGGCAGUGAAAACGGCGAAGAAAGCGAAGGCAGCGGUGAAGGCAGUGGAGCAAGCAAACAGUUUGAUGAAGGCAGCAGCAACGCAGUGGGCGAACUUAUUGGUGAAAUCAGCCUUGAAAGUGAAGAAAGCGCAAGUAAAGGUGAUGGUAGCGGAGCAAGCGGAAUCAGUCUUGAAAGCAAAGGAAGCGGUGACGAUACUGGGAUCCUCGGCAGCGGCAAUGAAGAAAAAGCAGCGAACGGUGACGAUAGCGAAGAAAGCGAAGAAAAUGGUGAUGAAGGCGAAGAAAGCGAAGGUGGCGGUGAAAACGGCGAAGAAAGCAAAAAUGGUGUUGAAGGCAGUGAAGCGAAUAAACUUCUUGGAGAAGGCAUCAGUAGCAGCGAAGAAAGUGCCGGUAACGAUGAAGAUGACGAGGUCAGCGAGCACGAUGGUGAAAGCAUCGGCAGCCAACACAGUGGACGCAAUGUCAGUAGCAUCGGCAGCCAAGAAACCGAAUACAAUGGUGAAGGCUUCGGCAGUAAAGAAAGCGGAUACAACAGCGAAGGCAUCAGCAACGGAAGAAGCGAUUACACAGGUGAAGGCGUCAGCAUCGAAGAAAGCGGACACAGUGUCAGUAACACCGGCGGCCAAAAAAGUGAAUACAAUGGUGAAGGCACCAGCAACGAAAAAAACGAUUACACCGAUGAAGGCAUCGGCAACGAAGAAGCAGGUACACGUAGUGUUGAACUGAUCGGUGGCCAAGAUGGCGAACACAACGGUGAAGGAACUAGCAGCCAAAAGAGCGGACACACUGGUACAGGCAUCAGCAACAAGAAAAGCGAGCACAAUGGUGAAGGCAUCAGUAACGAAAACAGCAAGCACAAUGGUGAAGGCACCAACGUCCAAGAAAUCGGACACAAUGGUGAAGGCAUCAGUAACGAAGUAAGCGGACACAGGGUCGAAGGCAUCAGUAACGAAAACAGCAAGCACAAUGGUGAAGGUACCAACGUCCAAGAAAGCGGACAUAAUGGUGAAGGCAUCAGUAACGAAGUAAGCGGACACAAGGGUGAAGGAACUAGCAGCCAAGAAAGCGGACACAGUGUCGAAGACAUUAAGGUUGAAAAUAGCGGACCCAAUGGUGAAGUUAUCGGCAGUCAAGUGAACAGACACGAUGGUGAAGGCAUCAGUAACGAGGAGAGCAAUCACAAUGAAGAAGGCACUAGCAGCCAAAAGACCGUACACAAUGGUGAAGGCACCAGCAACAACAAAGCAAGCACAGGUGAUGAUAAGUUAAAUGACAGCCAAGAAAGCGGACGCAGGAUCGGAGGCAUCAAGAACGAAAAAAGCGGACUCAAUGGUGAAGACACCAGCAACAACAAAGCAAGCACAGGUGAUGAUAAGUUAAAUGACAGCCAAGAAAGCGGACGCAGGAUCGGAGGCAUCAAGAACGAAAAAAGCGGACUCAAUGGUGAAGACACCAGCAACAAAAGGAGCAGUUACAAAGGUGAAGGUGAUGGCAACCAAGAGAGCGGACACAAUGCCAAAGGCCCCGGUAGCCAAGAAAGCGGAUACAACGCUGAACGCAUCGGCAGCGAAAGAAGAGGAAGUCGCGCAGAAGACAGCGGCGGCAAAGGAUACAAAGGUCGCCAUGCAAGCCGACCCAGUGCAGACAGCGAAGGUCACCACGAAGACCAAUUCAGCGCAGAUAGCGAGCGUCGUAGUCAAGACAGCAAGUCUAGCGUUGACGUGAGCUGCCAUAUGAUGGAUAGGUGA